GAUAUGAUUAAUCUAACAAGAUUUUUUCGUUAUGAUCAACUGUCAAUUAUUAUUCAAUUCAAAAAAAAAUAUCAUUGAAACGUCAAUAAAUGUUGUCAACUAUGGAGCUUACGUGCAUAGUUUUGAUACCAUACAUCAUUACAUCUUCUCAUUUCUCUAUCACAUUAACACAUGAUCCAUGAUGAUGAUCCUAAGUGCCAUAAUACUUUUAGUAUUACACUUAGCUUUAAGUUCUACAAUUGAUGUACACUAUGAAUCAUACAAUUGUCUACCGGAAAGCUCAUCGUACGCUGCUAACAGCACCUUUCAACGAAAUCUGAAUUACACCCUCUUCACCCAGCUUGUUGCUAAUGCGUCUUUACAUGCCCCAUCCUCGACCUUUGAAGCAGGCGAAGGCAUUGAUCAUGUCUUUGCUUUUUACUACUGCAGGCCUGAUUUAGGUGCACAAGUAUGUCACAGUUGUGUGGCGAAUGCAGCAACUAAAGUAUUUGCGCAAUGCAAAUUACACAAACAAGGCAUAGUUUGGUUCGACGAAUGUUCAUUAUGUUACGGUGAGAAUAGCAGUGUAUUCGUCACAGUUAGUUACGAGGAUGUAAAUUACCCAAAAUAUAAUCACACCCCUGUUUUGGGAGAUUAUCUCGAACAGUAUAGGAACGUCUAUAACAGCACAAUCACACACCUAAUUGAUCAGGCUGCUAACAAUGUUAGCCUCAGUUUUGCUACGAAGACGGUUAAUCUGUCGUCAUCUCAAAGCUUACGAGGGAUUGUGCAGUGCGGUCCAAUCAUUAGUGGUGAAUCUUGUAAAGAAUGCCUUAAUGCGGCGUAUGUGAAAAUGAUUCAAGAUUGGACCAACACCAUGAUGUUUCUACCAGCUUGUUAUGUUGGAUUUGAGUUAUAUGGAUCUCGUCCUCCUCUGCUUCCUCCAUCGUCCUCGUCUACUCUAUCAGUGCGUUCCAAGGUCCUAAUUGCUGUGCUAUGUUCUGUUGGAAUUUUAUUAGUCCUUGGUUGUGGCUUUUGGUUCUGGAUGCAUAAGCACCCUUCUGUACGAGAUUCUUUAAUUCAAGACAAUGUAGAACUAAUUGAGAGCGAAAGGCAGCUUGGAUUGGUACAGUAUAGCUAUUAUCAGUUGGAGGAGAUGACAAGCGGAUUCAACAAGAAACUAGGAGAAGGUGGCUUCGCAACUGUGUACUAUGGUGUUUUGUCAGAUGGUAGCACGGAAGUCGCAGUUAAGGUUUUUACUAAGAAGGAGGCUCCAAAGCAGUUUAAUACCGAGAUUAAUGUGCUUGGAGGAAUUUCUCACAAGAAUUUAGUUUCAUUGAUUGGAUAUUGUGAAGAGGAAACUAUAUUAGCACUUGUUUACGAGUUCAUGGCCAGAGGAGACCUGAAAUCUCUUCUUUUCGAACAAUCAGAAGCUUUAAGCUGGAGAAAGAGGCUUGACAUAGCAAUUGAUGUUGCUCAAGGACUGGAUUACUUGCAUAAUGGUUGUUGUCCGGCUAUAGUUCAUAGAGAUGUGAAACCUGCUAAUAUAUUGCUGAACAAUAAACUUCGAGCAAAGGUAGCUGAUUUUGGGUUUUCGAAAAUCUUCCCAACUGAAUACGUUUCAAAUUUACAAACAAGGGUUGUAGGAACGCCUGGUUAUCUUGAUCCUGAGUAUAAUUUAAGCGGACAAUUGAAUGAAAAAGGAGACGUUUACAGCUAUGGGGUUGUCUUACUGGAGCUAAUCACAGGCAAACCAGCAAUAGCGCUUGGCAGCCCACAUUUAGGUGUAUGGGUAAAGAGCAUGCUCGAAAGAGGGGAUAUUGUCAGCAUACUGGACGUGAGACUAAGACAAGAUGUAGAUGACGACUAUGCUACUGUGUGGAAAACAGUAGAGUUGGCCGUGAGAUGCAUUGAGAUAGAAGGCGCAGACAGACCAAAAAUGGCUCAAAUUGUUACUGAACUCAAAGAGUGCUGGAAUAUGAUGAACACGCAGAUUUCUAGUUCAGCAACAAAUUCGACAGAAAGGAUGAGUGGAGCUGUAUAUAGUAGCAGUUCGGUAAUGUCACCUUCACCACGCUAAUCAAUGCACUUUAAUCACAACACAGUAGGAUUGCUUGGUGUUUGAAUCAAAUUUAUUUAAUCAUUGAUUAUCAAUAUAGCAUAAAUUACAUUUCCUGCAGUUGCUAUGUUAUUGAAUGGUUUGAUUUGAAGCUUUAUCACUUCAAUUUUUUUAAGACCGGCCAAUACAUUCAAGAGAUUAUAAUGCACCCAAGGCUAAUUUCUUAGCCAUGUUAAUGAAAAUUGGACUUAAUUAGUAGCAAAAACGAUAUGGGAACUUCUAAAUUACCCAACUUACGCCUAAUGCGAGAAAAAUGGAUUACGGUAAGAAAAAUGGGACAUUUGAUUAGAAUAAGAGGGAGUAAUAAUUAACAACAGUGCCGUUCUUGACAUUUUAUAGGCCCUGGGCAAAAUAAUAGAUUUGACCCUCACAAUAGAAGAUUGAUUCUAAUCUUUAAUAAGUCCUUCAAAAAAUAAUAUAUAUUGAAAAAAAUUAUUUUUUAAGAUUAAUCUU